AUGGCAUUUGGUCGAGCUCUACUUUUUGCUACUGCUUUAUUUUGCCUAUUAAUGCUGUUCAGUACCGGUGUCGAGGGUUCAUGUCGCGCUUGGUCACCAGAACUUGGACGAUACGCGAAUGGUGAAUGUCGUACAUCAUGUUUUUCUCAUGAACGAAACGCUGGAACACAAUCAUGCGGUUCAAAAUGGUGCUGUGUCACGCGUAUUUGA